CACUUGGGCGCAUCCACUACAUCCGGCACUCCGAACUCUCUUCCGGGCUGGAAAGAGGGCAAACUUCCGGGAAAAGCAACAGAAUGGGAAUGGAGGUGGCGGUGCGCUGGAUCAGCGCGGCGCUUUUUAUUGGCCUCUGCUCUGCCAACUCUGUCGAGAAGAAGAUCUACAUCACCCUGAAUGCGACCGCUCCCUGCGUCCGGCUUAUGAAUGCUACCCACCAGAUCGGCUGCCAGUCCUCCCUCAGCGGUGACACUGGGGUGAUCCACCUGGUCGAGCAAGAGUCUAACCUCAGCUGGGUGUUGAGUGACGGUCCCAACCCUCCCUACAUGGUCCUUUUGGAGAGCAACAUGUUUACACGGGACGUGAUGCUGAGUCUGAAGUCAUCCAGUCGCGUGUCUGGCGUAGCUGCGAUCCUGCCGCCCUCUCCAGCUCCCGGACAACUUUCACCUGAUCUCAAGUGCCCCAACGAUGGUUUUGGGCUAUAUUCCCUGAAUUACGGGCCUGAGUACGCCCAUUGCAACGAGACCCUCUGGAACCCCGAGGGCAACGGCCUCUCCUACGAUGACUUCCCCUUCCCGGUCUUUAUGCUGAAGGACGAGAACGAGACACAGGUCAUCCGCCAGUGUUACAAGGACCACAACCACCCGAGGGAGGGCGCAGCACCGGCGUUCCCGCUCUGCGCCAUGCAACUGUCGUCCCACAUGCAUGGGGUGAAGGACACGGUGACGUGUAUGAGGCGCAGCAGGGGGCAGGUCUCCAUCACACUCAACACUGACGAUGUCUGUGACCCGCUGUCGGACUUCAACGUCUGGACGACCACUCAGCCCAUCAAUAAGUCUGGUGUUGCUAGUCCGGAGGAUCGCUUUGUUGUGGCUGCAGCCCGGCUGGAUAGCCGCUCCUUCUUUUGGGAAGUUGCUCCGGGCACCGACAGCGCCGUCUCUGGAUUUAUCGUGCUCCUAGCUGCGGCUGAGGCCCUUGCUCGGACCCCUGAUGUCGAGUCUCUGCCGAAGAACAUCAUGUUCCUCCUCUUCCAGGGGGAGACAUUUGACUACAUUGGCAGCUCUCGGAUGGUUUAUGACAUGACCAACGGUAAAUUUCCCAUUGCGUUGGAGAACAUAGAUUCCUUCAUAGAGUUAAAUCAGAUUGGCAUUGGAACAUCGUCAGAAAUUUGGGCUCAUACUGAUCCAGUUUCAUUGCGCAAUUCCACAGUAAAUGAACAGGUUCAGAAGCUGCUGGCGUCCUUCUCCAAAGUCACAGCCGGAAUGAACAUCAGCGUUCGGCAGCCGAAUCAGAGCCAGCCCCUGCCCCCGUCAUCUUUCCAGAGGUUCCUACGGAAGAGGAUCAUCCCUGGAGCCGUACUCACCGACCACCAGGCCAGCUUCGCCAACAGGUAUUACCAGAGUGUGUACGAUCUGGGAGAAAAUAUUGGGCUGCGAUACCCAGAUGGACUGACUCCUGAGGAGGCUCUGAACCAUAUCACAGACACAGCAAAGGCACUUGCGGAUGUGGCUUCCCUCGUUGCACGAACUCUGUACCUGCAGGCAGGGGGCAACGGUAGCCUGGAAAACAUCACAGCCAACGCGCAAACAGUGACCCGAAUGCUGUAUGGAUUUGUAAUCAAUUGGAAUAAUUCCUGGUUCCACUCGAUCAUCAGUCAGGACAAAAAUGACAUAUUUACAAAACAGAAACACAUCUCUUUCUAUGUCUCAGUCAAUGAACAGACCUUCUCGACGGUGCUGGUGGAGCACGUUCUGUUUAACCUGACCGGUCAUCAUGCCAACCUGACUGAGGAGCAGUGUCGGGACCCCAAAAGCAUCCCGCACCCCGAUACCAACUUUUUCAAUUACAUUUGGGUGCAGGGGACGAAGGCGGAGAACGCCAGCGAGCCCACCCCUUACUGCGUGCGCGCCAACGUUUGGUUGUCGCGGGCCCUGUCCCCAGCCUUCGAGCUGGCUGACUAUUCCUCCACCGAGUACUCCACCUGGACCGAGAGCCGCUGGCAGAAGGUGGGGGCCCGAAUCUUUUUAGUGGCCAGCAGGGAGCUGGAGAUCAUCACGUUGGUGACCGGAAUCUGCGUCCUCAUCACGUCAAUGGUCCUCAUCCACUUCCUCAAUGCCAAGUCCAACAUACUCUUCUCUGGACCCCAGGAGCAUAGCUCCGUCAGCUACUGACGGGGCAGCAGCGAGUCCAGUGGUUCUGAGAGUGAGUGAGUGGGUGGGUAGGUGUGUAAGGAAGAGUGAAUGGGCCAGAGAGAGGGAGUGAGUAUGGGGAAGAGAGUGAAGGGAGAGUGUUAUUGUGACGGCGGGGGAAGUUAUUGACUUGAAUUAUUACUGUGGUAAUGCUGGAUGUAUUCUCAAGCAUGAGGGAUUGGCGGAGGCCAAUUAAGGGGAAAGGGGUACCCACCAUAUCCAGAUGACAAACCUGUUCCAAUCUUGCAAAUGGCCACCGCACUUGCGGAUACCCCGCUCAAAAUGGCCGCCACCCUUGGGAACAAACUGCUGAAAAUGGCCUACACCUUUCGGAACACCCUGCUCAAAAUGGCCACAACCCAUGGGAAUGCCCUGCUCAAACUGGCAGCCAUCCUUGGUAACACACUGCAAAAUGGCCACCACCCUUGGGAACAAUCUGCGGAAAACGGCUACCAUAUUUGCAAUAUCCCUGGUUGAAAUGGCCACAAUCCUUGGGAACACUUUAUUUUAAAUGGCCAUCAUUCCUUGGGAACAGAGACAUGAUAAACUGCAAUGGCUGGAAUCUUCAGCAAAAAACAAAGUGCUGGAGGAACUCAAGUCGGGCAGCAUCUGUGGAGAGAAUGGACAGGUGAUGGUUCUGAUAGAGACCCUUCUUCAAUCUGAAGAAUGGUUCCAUCCUGAAAUGUUGUCUGUCCAUUCCUUCCACAGAUACUGCCUGACCCGCUGAAUACCAACAACACUUUAAUUUUUGCUUUUUCUGAUCAUCCUGUUGGUACACUGUUCAAUAUAGCUGAUGCCUUACAAAAAUGCAAAUAAAAAUGGCUGUCACCUGAGGGAAGGCACAAUUCAAAAAGGCACUAGCACUCGUACAUCAACCAGGAACUUGACAGCCUAAAGGGGUUGUCCCGUCACACACUGCACCAGGAAUGAUAUUUGGCAAGAGGUGGCAGAACUUGCUCAUUAAAAUUUCAUAGAAUAUGAUGGGCAGGCCUUUGAGCCUGAGAUUACAGCAGAUCAUGAGAGAAUUUGUCUUUUGAUGUCUUAAUAAUGGAAAUAAAAAUAAUUGACUUCCAA